AUGGUGAAAGUCCGGUUAAAAUCCCCGUCAGAGCUGAAAAAGAUCGAAGAGUUCCUCGCGGACGCGGCGACGGAUAAAGCCUUAGAAGCGAAGGCGACGUAUACCGACCAGAUUCAACAAAACAUGAUGUCCUUUCAAUUGAUUCGAAUGUGCGAAUCCGUGACGGAAACGCUGAGCAAAAACGUUCUGGUGUCUGGGAGAGAACCGCGCGCGGACGACGACGACGAAGAAGAAGAGGAUGUGCAAGAAGACGAAGAAGAUUUAAGAGUGAAAGAGGAAAAACGGUUGAAAGAGUUAACGUGUGAUCCAGAGUUGGACGAGUUGGAAAACGAAGUCGCGGAGUUGACCGAGAAGGUUGGAGAGCAGCGCUUGACUGGACCGGCGAGAGUGUUGCAAAACUUGGAGAAUAGAUUGAAAGACGAACGCGUGGAAAUCGAGGCGAAGAAGAACAACAACAACAACGAAGAGAACGAGGAAGGAAAAGAGGACGAGGAAAACAACAAGAACAUUUUAGCCGCGGCGAACAUCUCGGAAGAAGAGCUGAAAGAGACGAAGAAGAAGCUGGAAAAGUCUUUGGCCGCCAUGCCGGUGGCGAAGGAGAGGUUGCAGAAAGCGUUGGAGAAGUUGGCGAGGUUGACGAACGAGAUUGAUAAUCAAAGAACGAGAGCGCCACCGGGGACAAUUGAGAGGGCAAUUGAUGCCGCACCAGUGCUCGGGUUUGACGACGACGUGACCACAGAGGAGGCGGUUGCGUUGAGAGCGAAGAACGAAACAAGAAGACGACUUGCGAGAGAAUUGAAGCCGCUCGGGCGAUGCUAA